AUGGCGAGCAGCGGCUUGUCGCUGGUGCGCCGGGCCGCCGAGGCCGUGCGCCGCACGCCGCGCUGGCAGAAGGGUCUCGUCGUCUUCGCCGUCGGAGCUGGCACCUUAACUUAUGCUUGUCAAGAUAAUCAGGUUCUUCAAGUUUGUGAUGGGACCGGAAACAAGAAGAAGGUGGUUAUCCUUGGAACUGGGUGGGCAGGUGCAAGUUUCUUGAGAAAUAUUGACACAUCCUUGUAUGAUGUCCAUGUGGUAUCACCUCGCAACUACUUCACCUUCACUCCCUUGUUGCCAAGCGUGACAUGUGGCACAGUUGAAGCACGUAGUAUUGUGGAGCCAGUUCGCAAUAUUGUGAGAAAGAGAAAUGGUGCAUUCCGGUUUUGGGAAGCCGAGUGCUUCCAGAUUGAUCCAACAAACAAAAAGGUCCACUGCAGAUCAGAUGUUGGGACAAACAUUGAUGGAAACGGUGAAUUUUCUGUGGAUUAUGAUUACCUGAUUGUCAGUGUUGGGGCUAGACCUAAUACAUUCAACACCCCAGGUGUUACUGAGAAUUGCCAUUUCCUAAAGGAAGUAGAAGAUGCUCAAAAUAUCAGGAAGAGUGUCUUGAAAUGUUUUGAAAGAGCCUCCCUUCCAAACCUUUCUGAGGAAGAGCGGAAGAAGAAUCUUCACUUUGUCGUUAUUGGUGGAGGCCCAACGGGGGUAGAAUUUGCUGCAGAGUUGCAUGAUUUUGUGAAUGAAGACUUGGCAAAGUUGUAUCCUGAUGUAAAUAAGUAUGUGAACAUUUCAGUAAUUGAAGCAGGUGGUCAUAUCCUUACAAUGUUCGACAAAAGAAUCACCCAAUUUGCAGAAGAGAAGUUCAAGAGGGAUGGUAUAGAUUUGAAGACAAAUUUUAAGGUCGUGAAGGUAGACCAUAAGGAUAUUACCAUGACCAAUCCUGCAACUGGAGAGGUUGCUGUUCCUUAUGGGAUGGCUGUUUGGACAACUGGAAUUGGAACCCGUCCCAUCAUUAUGGAUUUCAUGAAGCAAGUUGGUCAGGAGAACCGGCGUGCGCUAGCUACUGAUGAGUGGCUCAGGGUUCAAGGGUGUGAGGAUGUAUAUGCACUUGGUGAUUGCGCAACGAUAGCUCAAAGAAAAGUUAUGGAAGAUGUUGCUGCCAUAUUCCGAGUAGCAGACAAGGAUAAUUCCGGCACUUUAACUGUGAAGGAAAUAAAAGAUGUUCUUGGAGACAUCUGUGAGAGAUACCCACAAGUGGAGUUGUAUCUUAAAUCCAACCAAAUGAAAGGCUUCCAUGAUCUACUCAAGAACUCGGAUGGCAACUCCAAGGAGUUGAAAGAACUGGACAUCGAGCAGUUCAAAAAGGCCCUUGCUCAAGUUGAUUCUCAAGUCAAGAUGCUCCCAGCAACAGCUCAGGUUGCUGCUCAAGAGGGAUCAUAUCUAGCUAAUUGUUUCAACAGAAUGAAGAUUUGUGAAGAAAACCCUGAGGGUCCUGUAAGAAUCAGAGGUGCAGGGCGUCAUCGGUUCAAACCCUUCAGGUACAGGCAUCUUGGCCAAUUUGCUCCACUGGGUGGAGAGCAAACAGCUUAUCAGUUGCCGGGUGAUUGGGUACAUGUUGGCCACAGCACUCAAUGGCUGUGGUAUUCUGCUUAUGCAAGCAUGCAAUUCAGCUGGCGCACAAGGAUGCUGGUCGUUUCAGAUUGGGGGAGGCGGUUCAUCUUUGGAAGGGACUCCAGCAGCCUAUAGAUUCGAAUCGGCUGAUUCCUUGGUUCAUCUCCUACCUAAUUCCAGAUGCUGCUACUUGCAUCAGUUUUGCUGUCCCGCUAUUUUCUAAGCUUAGCCUAGCAAGGUUUUUGAUACCCAAUUUUGUCCUUGACAGUUCUUUUGUUACCAUGCGAUCCACUAUGACUGGUUCGGAGAGUAUUUCUGGUCUUACUUGGGAUAUAUGUUUAUUGCUUUCGAUAUAGUGCCAUA